AUGUGCCCGACGCGAGAUUGGGAUUCGGGAGCAAUGAUGCGCCGACGCGCAGAUUGGGAUUCGGGAGCAAUGUGCGCCGACCGCGCAGAUUGGGAUUCGGGAGCAAUGUGCGCCGAUGCGCUGAUUGGGAAGCAAUGUGCGCCGAGGCGGUGGGAUUCGGGAGCAAUGUGCGCGGAUUGGGACCUUGGGAAGCAAUGGGCGCCGACGCGCAGAUUGGGAUUCCGGGAGCAAUGGGUGCGCCGACGCGCGGAUUGGGAAGCAGCCAUGUGCGCCGAAGGCGCAGAUUGGGAUUCGGGAGCAAUGUGCGCCGACGCGCAGAUGGGAAGCAAUGUGCGCCGACGCGCUGAUUGGGAU